AUGCCUUCAUAUGAGGGGAACGGAGUUAGCCAAAAAAAUUUAAUCAUGAUUGAUUUUAAAACCACUCACAAGACCAUCUAUCCUCUGAAUUACGCAGAACACUCUGCCGGAUUCUCUCCCUUUUUCUUCCCAACACAAAUCUUGAUUUCCCUUCGCAACUUCCUUGCUGAUUAUCGCCUCAGGUUUUUCUUUGAAGUAAACAAUGACUCAUCUUCACAAGAAAUCCCAAAGGAUUUAGAAAAAACAGAGGACAAUCCCAUGCCCACACCAGCCCAAGAGGAAGCAGUAAUCAAGAAAAAAUAUGGUGGAUUACUACCAAGAAAAACCCCUUUAAUCUCAAAGGAUCAUGAUCGUGCUUUCUUUGAUUCUGCAGAUUGGGCACUAGGAAAGGGGUCACAAAAGAGCAAAGGACCUUUAGAGGCACUACGCCCAAAAUUGCAGCCUACGCCACAUCAGCAAGUUCGUUCAAGACGAUCAUCCUAUGCUCCUGCAGAUGAAGGAGAAGUAGAUGAUGGUAGCUUAAAUCAAACUGCUUCAGAGGAUCAAGGGCAAGAAUUGGAAUUAAUUUUGAAGGACCAAAAAUCAUCACUGGUAUCAAUAACAUUUGCAUGAAUUUUGCAGCUAUUGUUUCAUAAUCAAGAAACACAUACAUGUCUCAUGAUAUUAUACCCUCUGUUGUAUGAUGGGAAAAAUAAACUUAUGUUACUUGUUUACUUGUAUUAUUCCCUCAAUUGAUGUUGUAUCUGUGUUAUCUUUUUGAUGUUAUGCAACAAAAUGGAUCAAAACAUUAAUUAUAUAUAUAUUUCAUCAUCCAAUGAUCAUGUGGUCAUAGCCUUG